AUGAUUGAGGUCGGCUCGCGGAAAGCGUUGGAGUCGGAGCCGUUCCGGCUGCGCCAGGCGCUGGCCGAGGUCAACGCCGCGCUUGCACAGCAGCGGCGGGACAACGAUGCACAGGAGCGCAUGCUGCGAGCUCGGGAGGACGCCAUGAAGACCAAGGACCUGGAGCUGCAGGCAUCGAUACUUAGAUUUGCACAGUUCCUGCAGCAAAAUGAGGGUAAGAGGAGUCGUGCUGCUCGCCGUGUUCAGGAAGAGACUUCGGCCGAGGAAGCGGCCAGGGUCCGGGCGGAAACCCUAGCCGCCGAACUCAGGGACGCACAUUCCGCGGUGGAGACGCUGCGCAAGGAGCUGGCGAAGAUUCAGAGGUACCAGGACUUCCUCGUCAAAGUAGCCCAGAGCAGCAACGGAGAAUUUGCCACCCCUGACUCCAUCAUCGAGCGCCACUCUCAGCUCCAGACCGCGGGCUCCUCCCUCAUGCGCCAGCACCUUGCCACCCUCAAGGAGGUCCAGGCCUGCCGCUCAGCCGCCGCGACAGCGUCAGCUGCUGCGCGGGCCCAGGCUCAGGAGCUGCAGAGCCGCCUGUCAGGUGUGCAGGCUUCUUGCCACGUGGCGCUGCAGCGAGCAGAGGCCCUGCAGGCGGUGGUGGAUGCAGCACAGGCAGCGGAGCUGGUCAGGCAGAGGGACGAGUGGCGGGUGAGGUGGUGGGAUACUUAG